UUUCUCUCCCAAAGCCUCCAUUGCAAAUCUAGAAUUGCAACAAACAAGACCCAUGUACCCUAAUUACCUCAUCUUUAUAUCGCUAAACCUAGGACCAGGACAGGUCGCCGAGUGGUUGUAGAAAGUUUGUGUUGGAACGUUGUCGAUUUCAACGGUUUUCAACGGUAUUGAAUGCGCGCCCCCGUGGGAGUUCGAGAACGCGGUUAUGAAAUGUUGGAGCACGUCCCCGGCGCGACUACAGUUUACGUCCAUCAGUCCUUCGGUGGGUAGAGUAUCUCGGCUGGACACCGUGACCGGAGAGCGAGAAGGAGGUUUUGUUAUAUAGGGACGAUGAUUGCAAUACCGAAGAUACCGUGGCCACUUUUGCUCGAGAUGGGGUUGUAUGUCAGUUGUUUCGUGUGUGGGAUAGUUACGGCCGCUUCCCUCACCAUCACACAGGGUAACUUGGGAGGCUUCUGUGUGCUUUACGGCACCGUGGGCUACAAUGUGUCGUCAGAUGCCAUAACGGUGCAGAGCUCCAGCUCUCCAUCUCUCUGUUACUUCGUCUCCUCCAUCUCAGUGUGUGUAGCGGUCUUCUGCUUCUCCACCACGCUCUACUGGAUCUACACAUGCUGUCUGGACGGAGUGGUUACCAGAGAGCGUUUGUGGCUGAACGUGACGUUGGUGCUGUGUGGGGUCUUCCUCUUCUUCCUGCUGGUGACGGGCUGUGUCUUAACCAUAGGAAGGGACACCUUGUGUGAGUCCGUCACGCAGUCCGUUCCACGCGUCAACAGCUGUCAGGAGGCUCAAAACAGGACCUGGCUCAAACCGUACAUUGGAACACAGUUCUACACUGGACUACACACAGCUGGGACGGCGGUGUGGGUGAACUUGUUCUUCUGGAUUCUGAUUGGCAUUCUGGUGGGGAUCCAGAGAGGUCAAGGGUCGGGGGGCAGUUUAAUAGGGGCAGACUCCUCGUCCACACCCUCGGAGACAGAACCCUUCCUGCAUCGCCCGGCCCGGCCGCAGUGACCAGAGUCGUCUUACGUGCCUCUUGACACACACUGCCAUGGACAUGUGCCGACACACACACACGUGUUGACCCAGUGCACACCACAGAAACACACACACACACACAAACACAACUGUUGGUGAAUCUUUGUCGCCACCUAUCAGCAGUCUGGAGUAUUGGUUCUAGAACCGGAUGUGUCCUAACUGACUUCGGAGGAAGCAUCUGUUCACUGGUGACCAAAAUGGACAUUUAAAAUGUCAAACGAAUGUUCCAGUGUCAUGUGGUGUUCACCUUGUUCUGCAUUGAGACAGUUUACUGAGUAGAGUUCAGUGUGUUUUAUCUGUUUAUACUUGCUCAUAUAUCCAGCUGCCGUGCUUGUACGUGGAGGGGAAUGUGUGUGUUUUGUCUGCCUUACCAAAUGACUACUAACUAAUCAACACUUUUCUUAUGUCAUGACUUUGAAUUUAAUUAUUGUAGAAAGGUGAUUUCUGUAUUUUUUUUUUCUUUAUCUGAAGUUAAAACAGUUUUUGACCAUUCAGCCAAUAAAGAUCGGAAAUUCUGUAUUUUUCCACUGA